UCAAAGCAAAAAACAAAAGCAAAGCAAAGCAAAGAAUCAAUACAGUAUUCUCUCGCCUUCCUCAGUCCUCUCUUUUUCCAUCUCCAGCUUUCAGCAUUCUCGAGGCUACGCACUCUUUGAUGUUGUCUCCAACAAAUCUGACACUAAAACUCCAUUACUGUCCUCUCAUGCCACUACAUAUAACACCAAUCCUUUCACCAUUAUUGUAUGUUUCUGCUGCUCAAUACAUUAACGUUAUAUAUACAUACAUACAUUAUGCAAAAGCAUAGCUCAGAGCUGGCGCUGUUCCCAGAUCCAUGGACUCUCUGCCAUCAUUUUCUUUUCUUUUCUUUCGUUUAUGUCUCUGUGCAUUUUGCAUUUAAAGCUAGCUACCAACUACUCUUUUUUAUCUGAGAAGCUGUAAUGAAUGAGAAUGAGAUUGUAUCAAUGUUUUAAGACUUGGUUUUGCUACUUUUUAGUUUAAGUCUAUUUGCUUUCCCUGCUGCAUAUUUUCAUGGGGAAGGUUGGAGGAACUUCUUGGUUGGCUGCAGUUAAAAGGGCUUUCAGAUCUCCUACCAAGGAUAAUGAGAAGAAAAGCUGCAGAAGGAGGGAAGAUCGAGAACCAGAGGAUGAAGAGAAGAAGAGAGGAAAAAGAAGAUGGAUAUUCAGGAAAUCUUCAUCAACUCAGGAAACAACAGUUAUACAACAUUCUGCAGAAAGAAGCAUAAUUACUGCUGCUGCUAUUAGUGAUGCAGCUGAUGCUAAGCAAAGACAUGCACUUGCAAUGGCCAUGGCCACAACAGCAGCUGCUCAGGCAGCAGUUGCAACAGCUCAAGCAGCUGUGGAAGUAGUUAGACUCACCAGGCCAACUCUUUUUGUGAAGCAACACUUUGCUGCCAUUGCUAUUCAGACAGCUUUCAGAGGAUACCUGGCCAGGAGAGCUCUUCGGGCGCUUAAGGGACUGGUGAAGCUGCAAGCUUUAGUGAGAGGACACAAUGUUAGAAAGCGAGCAAAGAUGACUCUUCACUGCAUGCAGGCUCUGAUGCGAGUUCAAGCACGAGUUCGGGAUCAACGCAAGAGGCUUUCUUACGAAGGAACCACAAAUUCCAUCUCAACUGAUCUUAACAGCUUGUGGGGGUCGCAGCUUGCUGAUAGAAAGUCCAUUUCUAGGGAUGAAAGCAGCACUGCUGAUGAAUGGGUCAAUUGGGAUGAUCAACACCCACAUUCACUGGAAGAGAUCCAAGUGAUGUUGCAAGAAACAAAGGAAGUUGCCUUGAAACGUGAGAAGGCCAUUGCUCAUGCUUUUUCUCACCAGAUGUGGAGACCCAGUAGAGUGACAUAUGCAAGUGAAGGAGAACUGGAAGAGAAACCCAGAUGGCAUGAUCGAUGGACGAGGAGGAAGCAAUUAGAGAACAGAGGGAUCAGAGGUUUAAAUGAUCAGAGAGAACCCAUCAAAACUGUUGAAAUUGACACCUCUCAACCUUACACUUUCUCGACCCCAAUUGCUCGUAAAUCCCAUCAUGAGUAUCAUCACUAUCAACAACAAAGGCCAAGUUCAUAUUCUGUUGCUUCCCCUCUCUCUAGAGCCCACAGCACUUUCCCACUUCAAUCACCAGUAACACCAUCACCAUCCAAAGCAAGAACGCUGCUCCAAGUUCAUUCAGCCAGCCCUCGCUGCUUCAGAGAAGACGGGAACCAGCAGGAUCGAUAUCACAAAUGUGUAACAACUUCAAUGCCUAAUUACAUGGCUGCUACUGCAUCAGCCAAGGCUCGUUUCAGGUCACAAAGUGCACCAAGGCAAAGGCCGUCAACCCCAGAAAGAGAAAAACUGGGUUCAACUUCUGCAGCCAAAAAACGGCUCAAUUUCCCAGUUCCUGAUCCUGUGACAAGCAAUAAUGUUGCAGAUUAUAGCUUGAGGAGUCCAAGCUACAAGGGCAAUGUUCAUGAAGAUUAUAACAUGUCUUCUUGCUGCACAGAUAGCCUUGGAGAUGAAGUGUCUCCUCCUUCAACCAAUGAUCUCAGUAGAUGGUUAAGGUAAUUAAACCCAAGAAAGUGAUGAGUGAAACAGAUUUGCAAGCCUGGCUAUGUAGGAGGAUUAGCAAGGUUGAUGACCAUAUUAAAGAUGUGAAGAAUUAGAAAUGAAAGUCAAUGUAGAUGGAGAUCACAUGUGAAGAGAAUUUUCUAAUAUGAAGACAUGAGUUUUUAUGAUU